AUGGUCGAAAGGGCAUUGUUGAAGCGUUUUUAUGAAAUCACAGUAAGGCCGCAGAAGACAUUGGUCAAAGAUGUUAUGGCCCUCGUCGCCUGUGUGCUGGGUUCGGCGCUUCCAGUGCGUCGUCUGCCGCACACUGGACCAGCUCGGCGUUUCGCUCUCUCCAGGGGACGCAUCUACGGGGGACACGACGCCACCAGAGGCGAGUUUCCGUACCAGGUGUCCCUGCAGCACGUGGUGAUUGGUCUGCGGUACCACAACUGUGGUGGCUCCAUCCUCUCCAGCACUGCCAUCCUCACCGCAGGACACUGCGCGGUCAGCCUCGGCCAUUACGUCGCCGUGGCCGGAGACUACGACCUGAGCAGCAACGAGGGCAGCGAGCAGGAGAUCCGAGUCUCGGACCAGACGGUGCAUCCGCUCUAUCCAGGAGGUGUAGCUGCAAACGACAUCGCCGUCUUCACCUUGCAGUCCUCCCUGUCCCUGGGCACGUACGUCCAGGCCAUCAGCUUGCCCAGCGCUGAUUCAAUCCCUGCAGGUGGAUCUACCGCAGUCGUUUCUGGCUGGGGUACAACGGAAACGGCCAGCACACCUGAUAUUCUGCAGACAGUCGACGUCAGCAUCAUCGACUACGAAACUUGCAGCCAAAAUAUCGACGACCUGGAUAUGGGAACCAACCCGCUUACGGAGACCAUGGUCUGUACGGGACCCAUUUAUGAUGGCAUCUCCGUCUGCAGUGGCGACUCCGGCGGCCCCCUGGCGCAGAACGGCGAACUGAUCGGUGUGGUGUCCUGGGGAGUGGACCCGUGUGGAUACCCUGGCGCUCCGUCCGUCUUCACCAGGGUAUCCGCUCACCUGGACUUCAUCAACCAAAAUCUGUGAAGAAACACCUCACUUGUAUAAAUGAUAUUACAUAUUCUCCGACUGCACUUCAUUUCAACUUCUCAUAACCGUUGUACUAGCUACAUCUCAAUUUCGAACAAGUAAAUGUGCCAUUCCAAAAUAGUA